CUGGCCGGCAACACAUGGCUGCUUCCCUUUAUUCUUCCAGAAUCCACCGUAUUGUUGUCUCGACGCCACCGGCCACAGAAACAAGCUCGCGCUAUGCUAGCCCGUGGCCCCUGCCAGAUUUUUAUUCUGCUGCCUGGAGCUAACCGCAUCAGAGCGCCCUGGGCUGGCGCCAAGCGCCUUCCCAUUCGACGCCUCGUGCGCGCCUUACCCCUUCCUGGACGUGUGGCGGCGUCGAAAUCCUCCGCAAGUACCUGUGGAUGCGGUCAUUGGCGGCAUCGAGGUACUUGGCGCAGCGAUCUGGGGCUAACGGCACAUGGCCAACUGCCGCCGGGUGCUGCUGCAAUUCUGGCGAUGGCCUCGUUAACGCCCUGCCAUGCGACGCUGUCGCUCCCCGGCCCAAGUGACUCGCCGCCUUGUACUUGCUUGUCCUCCACUUCAAUGAUCAGGUGCAGGGAGGCCACAGCCGACGCCCCCAUGCCUCGCUCCACAGCCUGCAAGCAGCAUCCAUCCCCAACUUCAUCCGCCAAAGAUCCCCCAUGGGAUGGCCUGUCUCCUGGCCUCAAAGCUGGGGCCCCUCAAAUUUUUUUUGCAUGCCCCUCUCGCGUGUUGGACCGCUAGUCCCGGUUUCUUGUUCGCCAUGGGGAGAUUUGGGGAUGUCGAUUGCUGAUCCGGGUGCCUCCUGUACGACGUGAUGGUGUAUAUAUAAGAGGGCCGUCCACCCUCAAUGAAACCUCCGAGUAUGCAGGGCACAGCUGGGCUUCUCUGAUUCAUAUC